AGUUUCCAGUCAAAAUGAUUCAGCUCGCCUAACAGAAUACAGUGUCCUUCACUGAGGGACGCUCAGGGAUUAUUACGGGGAAUGGAGAUUGUAAUACUAGUUUCAUUAUUGUCUCUGUAUUGUGACUUCACCGGUUCGGACGCCACAGACGGAAGUUGGCACAUCGGCGGUACCGACUUCAGACGAGUCCCGUGGGGUUUGUGAUGGUCGUAGAGCAGAACGGGGAACACAUUCAUAUUCGUGAGAGUCUCAUCGUUCCACUGUAGCCACUUUCCACAGCAGAUGCAGAAUGACGACAAAAGGCGGAUGCAGUAGACUGAGACGCAGCCAACACAAAAAACAGCUUCAACAGACGUAUUUUGAUGGGGAUUUUAUUACUAUAUCAAUUAGAUUGACGCAAUCGACUCCUAAUAACUUAGAUGCUGAGUGCCUGGUGAUCAGUCCUGCCAGGCUGGUGGUGAAGUAUGGAGACCCAGCCUCCUCUAACUGCAGCUCAGAUACCCCUGUAGAGAUGGGCUGGGAAGCCACCCAGGGAGGGGUUGGUCUAACAGACAACAAGGUGAAGAUCCUAAACUGGAAGGUGGACAGUGUGACUGACUGGAAGAUCAAACCUACAUGCUUCACAGACGGAGGCCAGUGUCAGAAAGAGUUAAACAUCACAGUUUAUAAGCUUCCAGACAGUGUUUCCAUCAGCUACAGGAAGUACCCUGAUCCGAUGGUUGAGGGGCAUCAGUACCUGCUGCAGUGUCUUGUCCAGAACAUCGCUCCUAUUGGGAGACUCAGGGUGACCUUCUACAAAGUCUCUACCACAGGUGAACAGACAGAAUUAGACACACAACAGAAAUCCAAGGACAACAUCAACACACCAGAGAAUGGGACCUACACCCUGGACUUCACCCCUGGUAGAGAUGAUGACGGGGCCCAGUUGUUGUGUUCAGCCAUGUUGGAUCUGGGACCAGAGGGACCCCAACCUCCUCCUGUAAUGGACUCAAACCGCCUCAACACCAACGUGCACUACAAGCCUCAGAUCACUAGUCCUGGAUGUUUCUCCAUGAGCAUCACGGAGGGUGACACCCUAUCACUUAACUGUAGUGCAAAUGGUAACCCUGCCCCCUCCUACGAUUGGUUGCUCCCCCAAGCCGACCCCAACACCAUGGAAGAGAGAUCCGUAGUGACCAUCACCAACAUGGCCAAGUCUCACUCUGGAGAGUACACCUGCAUCGCCAUCAACCCCCUGGGAAACAGCACCUGUACUGUUAACGUGGAGGUCACAGUGGACUACCUGCCCAUCUUUGCAGGGCUGGCUGCAGCUGUGGUGGUGAUCCUCUUGGUGAUCUCCUGUUUCACCUACUCCUCUUACUAUAAACACAGGCGCAUGGGCCACUACCAGCUGAAAGACGUGUUGCCAAGACGACACAAGAACAAACACGUGGUGCAACACAACAGAAUGGACCAGUCCUUUAUGUAGAGGAGGGGUUGGGGUCAGAGCAUGUGAGCAGAGGUGAAUGGUUGGAAAUCCUGAUGAGUGGGUGUGGCUCUCCACGUCCUUUCCUACCGCUCCCUCACAGAAUGGAAGCAAGUCCCCGUAGCAGUAUCUGGUUACACUUGCAGACCGGCAGAAAAUAAAAUACUACACAUCUCAAUUGCAGAUCAUGUUAAUUUCAGUAUUAAAUAAAAUACUAAUCUUCUCAAUUGCAGAUCAUGUUAAUUUCAGUAUUAAAUAAAAUACUAAACUUCUCAAUUGCAGAUCAUGUUAAUUUCAGUAUUAAAUAAAAUACUAAACUUCUCAAUUGCAGAUCAUGUUAAUUUCAGUAUUAAAUAAAAUACUACACUUUUCAAUUGCAGAUCAUGUUAAUUUCAGUAUUUAUUAACUCGCAUUGUCUAAUUCACUCAGUCAUCAUAAAGUACCAAAUAACAGGAUAUGUGUGCAAAGAAAGCACUAUUAUAUAUGUAUGCACAUGUGUGUGUAGAUUAAUGCAUUUAUUUCGUAUAUAUUUUCCAAUAAAGAACCAUUUGGAAGUA